AUGGCAGAUCUUGAACAAGAGAAUGCUACCUAUAGGGAAACUUUGGCUCAAGUCCAAGGCAGAAUGUAUACCUUCCAAGGUAACAUGAACACUAUAUUGGAGUACCUUCAAGCUCAAAAGGCUACUACUUCCACUUCUGCUGCCAAUCCUGCUUCUGUUGUAGUUACUGAUGCCAUUGCCGUCACCACUUCCAUUGAUGCUGUUGUAGACACUGUGAUUCAGCAUGUGAAUUUGAAUCAAGGUGUUCAAAUACCUCCUCCUCAUCCUGGAACAUCUCCUGUUAUUGCACCUCCAUUUGUUUAUCCAGGGGCACCCUAUGCUCCACAUCAGAAUCAGUAUGGUCAGACUACUGGUCAGAUGAAUAGACAGGCAUACUACCGAUUACUAGAUGAGAGAAUCAGAGCUAUUGAAGGCUUCUCCGCUUAUGGUAUGGAUGCUAAGGACUUGUGUCUAGUUCCUAAUGUGGUGCUUCCUCCUAAGUUCAAAGUGCCAGACCUACCGAAACAUAAGGGUUUAAGCUGUCCAAGAAGUCAUGUCAUCAUGUACUGUAGGAAGAUGGCAUCCUACAUUGACAAUGGUGAUCUUCUUAUCCAUUGCUUCCAAGACAUCUUAUCUGGGGCAUCCUUAGACUAG